AUGACGCAAACAGAAUGUAGAUGUUGCGUCACUAAAAUUGAUGAAAAAUAUUGUCGUAAUUCAUUUGGUAUAAAUAUACCUAAAAGCUCCUAUGGAGCACCUGCUGGUGGUGGGGGUGGUGGAGGUGGCGCUCCGGCUGGUGGUGGGGGUGGUGGAGGUGGUGCUCCGGCUGGUGGAGGUGGUGCUCCUGCUGGUGGUGGGGGUGGUGGUGGAGGUGCUCCAGCUGGUGGCGGUGGUGGUGGUGGAGGUGCUCCUGCUGGUGGCGGUGGUGGUGGAGGUGGCGCUCCUGCUGGUGGCGGUGGUGGUGGAGGUGGUGCUCCUGCUGGUGGCGGUGGUGGUGGAGGUGGCGCUCCUGCUGGUGGCGGUGGUGGUGGAGGUGGUGCUCCUGCUGGUGGCGGUGGUGCUCCUGCUGGUGGUGGUGGUGGUGGAGGUGGUGCUCCUGCUGGUGGUGGACGUGGUCCAGCUGGCGGUGGUGGUGGCGGAGGUGGUUUUGGUUUUGCUCCAGCAGGAGGUGGUGGUGGACGUUGUGCUAAAGCACUCCUCUUAUUUAAACGAUGUGGAAUUGCUUUUGCAUCAGCAAAGUUUGUUGCCAAAAGGCACUAG